AUGCCAUACUCGCCAAUAAGCCCAAGCAGAAGCCCAAUUCCCCAAUGCAACAUUUUAGACAGUCAGUAUGACCUUGUAUCACCCUCACCAUCAUCUCUAUCUCAGUCUGAUACACCAACCGAUGAACAGGAAGGAGUAGACACUGCCAUAUUUAAUACAUCACUAACCUGCUCAUCACCUUUUGGGCUUUCAGAAGCUCAAAACAGCCAGAAGACUCCUGUGGAAAUUUCACCUCCCCCAUUGCUUUGUAGACAACCACAGUUAACUUGUACUUUAAAACUAGAGGAAUCUAAAGCUGAGAAACAAAACCAUCAUCAGAAUUUUAGUUCUAAACCUCGAAAACAUGGUUCAAGCACUGAUAGGUCUUUCCAGCAAGAUGCAUGUGAGAAAUCUCCAAGCUCGAAAGUUUUGAAUGGUCUAGUGCUGAACUUGGGAAGUCUCCUGGCUUCCAAGAGUCCUAAAGGAAGUCCCAAGCAUGAGGAGAUGAAGCUUAAAAGACAGAAAAGAAAACAAAAUUCCUCCUUCAGUUUCUGUGAAAGUAGUCUACCAAAAAAGCAUUGUUAUUCACCUCUCAGUAGUGCACCUGACUCUGGGUUUGAGAGUCUAGGAUCUGUGUCCCAGAGUAGUGGACCUCCUAGUGCUGGCAGCCUUUCAGCAGCAGAUGCAUCUCCUGGGGAAAAUGGAAUCUCUUCAACAGUGGGAGGAGUCUCACCAACCAGUGUUGUGGAACACCUAGAAAAUUUAACAAGGUCUGAAGCCAAACUGGAUCUGCUUGCCACAGAAGAUGGAAGUGGUAAACAUACAGAGCAGACACGAGGAAGACACUGGCAAGCCAAAAUUAACAGUAGGUUCGAUAAACUGCUGGCUCUAGCAUCAAAUCCUAGUGAUAGUCAGCAAAAAGAGUCAUUGAAGUCAGAAAAACGUGGCAAUGUCUACCAUAGUUCUCGAAAGAAUACCAGUAAAGGGACCACAUCUCAUCAAGAACCUAAGAAGUGGGUGGUGGACAGCAUCAAACAUGGUGAUCACAAGUCCAGCUCUCAAGACAACUCUGUGUCCAUCACCUUUAAAGCUGUGAGUCCUUCAACCAGAAUUACAAGCUUGGGCCACCGGACUCGAGAUCACCAUCAUCACCACCGAGGUUCUUCACCCACUAGAUUGAGACACAGAAAGACUAGUUCUCCACAUCUGCCAAGAAAAGGCCCAAGGACUCCCCCAUACACACCUCCUCGAUCACCAUCAGCAUCUCCUGAUCAUCUCACGAUGUCUCGCACCCCUGUUUCUCCGUAUCACUGCCAUAGCCCAAUCAGCAGUGUUGACAGCCCAUGUAGUAGAAGAAGUCGUAGCAGAUCGGUAAGCCCACCUUGUUAUGGUCAUGAACCAGGACUUCACUUUUCCCAUGCUUACUCUGAAUCUCGAUCACGAUCUGGUUCUGACAGUAGUAUGGAUUCAACAACUAGCCUUGGAAAUGGAGGGUGCUCCAAGUCGCAAAGGCAUCAUAAACAUUAUAGAAGUUCUGAAAAAUCACACAGCAAGAAGAAAUCUGAGAGGUGUCAGAGAGGAAGCACUGUAACUGUCUCAUCAAGGAAGGAUAAUAAAACAAAUGGUACAGGUGUUGGAAUAGAGAAUUCUUUGUUGCAGCCAGUAUGUUCAACAGGAACAAAGUCUCAUCCUGCUUACAUGGGAGGACUUCCCAUCAUCUCCAUGGGAAACUUUCAGUCUCAGAAUAUUCAUUACACUGGUCAGCUUGUGUUUCAUCAUUCUUCUGCAGUUAGUGUUGGAGAAACAGUCAAUCCUCCCCUUCCUCCUGGUCCACCAUCUCAGCCCCCUCCACCACCUCUUUCUUCUUCUUCUGAUAUUCCUACAGGAACCUUUGCUUUUGCUGUGGGUUCUGCACAGUCGUCUGCUGUGGUUCCUCAAGUUAACCUGGCAACUAUUCCACUGGCAACAGGUGGUGUUCAACCAAUAAUUCCCAUGAUGGUGGACUUCUCUGUCCCCCCACCAAAUUUUAACAUGCCCCCACCCACUUCUUCAGCCUAUGUACUGCCAUCACAAGCACUCCCAGAUUUCAGUGUUCCCACACUUAACAGGGAAUCAAGCAGCACUGCCAGUAACCUUCAGCUUAACUCUUCAGUGAAUGGUACCAUUACUAAUGGUUUGACUCAGUCAGCCAUUCGUGAUCAAGUUCCCCUUGGACUUCAGCCAAAUAUUCCACCCUCUCAGAUAUUUCCAGUGAACAGCCAGCUGGCUCAGCCUCGACCUUCUUCCCAGAAUGCUCCACUUCUACUCACAGAACAAGUAUCUAGAAAGAAGACCCCAUUAACAGAAAUGUUGCUUCCCAUCAGUGGCUACAACCAUACACAUGUGUACUCGACAGUUUCUCACCCAGCAUUGUCUCUGCUGAUGAGUAAUGAGCCCCAGAAGGACACAAGGUCUGUGCCUACAGCUAACAUGGAUAUGGUGAGUUCAGCACAGGAUUACAGAUCCUUGUCCAGUCAUAAGCUCGGUCAUCGCUCCAUUGUUCGAAGAAGUGGUUCUAAUUGCAUUCAGCAACAUCAAGGUAUUCACCAACUUACAACUUCUAGUGUAGUUAAGACCUCAUAA